AUGUUAUCCAACGCCAACAACAGCAACAAUAACGACGACCAAAAAGAAAAAGAAAAAGAAGAAAAAGAGGAAACCAAAGAGCCCGCGAAGUACGAGGAGAAGCAGAGGAAGAGGAAGGAGAAGAAGGAAAAGAAGGAGAGGAAGGAAAAGGAGCGACAGGAGAAGAAGGAGCGAAAGGAGAAAAAACUGAAAGAAAAGGAAGAAAAACUGAAAGAGGAGAAGGAGAAAGAGAAGAAGAACGAGCCUCCGAAGGAGAUCACCGUCAUAGACCCGGCCUCCAACCAGUACUACUACUGGCUCCUCGUCAUCACUGUCCCCGUCAUGUACAACUGGACCUUCAUCAUCGCCAGGGCGUGUUUCGAGGAGCUGCAGACGGAUUACCUGUACAUGUGGUUCUUCCUGGACUUUGCCUCAGACGCGCUCUACAUCGCGGACAUGGUCUUCAGAACCAGAACCGGGUACCUGGAGCAGGGUCUGUUGGUGAAGGAGGAGCUCAAACUUCGGGAGCGUUACAUGGAGAGUUUUCAGUUCAAACUCGACGCGGCUUCGAUGGUUCCCACUGACGUCCUGUACCUCAUUCUGGGAGUGAAGUUUCCCGAGAUCCGACUCAACAAACUACUGCGAUUCAACAGGAUGAUGGAGUUCUUCCAGAGGACAGAGACCAGGACCAACUUCCCCAACGCCCUGAGGAUCUCCAACCUGGUCAUGUACAUCGUUAUCAUCAUCCACUGGAACGCAUGUCUGUACUACUCCUUCUCUAAAGCUAUUGGUUUUGGCUCAGACCGGUUCGUGUACCCUGAUCCGUCUGACCCAGAGUUCGGGCGUCUGAUUCGUAAAUACGCCUACAGCAUGUACUGGUCCACUCUGACCCUCACCACCAUCGGGGAAACACCGCCCCCUGUGGAGAACUCUGAGUACUUCUUUGUGGUCACAGACUUUUUGGUGGGAGUCCUGAUCUUUGCCACCAUCGUCGGAAACGUGGGCUCCAUGAUCACCAACAUGAACGCAGCCAGAGCGGAUUUCCAGGCUCGAAUCGACGCCAUCAAGCAAUACAUGAGCUUCAGGAAGGUAACAAAGGAUUUGGAAAAGCGUGUGAUCAAGUGGUUUGAUUUUCUCUGGACAAAUAAAAAAGCCGUGGACGAGAGAGAAGUCCUCAAAUAUCUACCAGACAAACUGAGAGCAGAAAUCGCCAUCAACGUUCACCUGGACACACUCAAGAAGGUGCGGAUCUUUGCAGACUGUGAGGCCGGUCUCUUGGUGGAGCUCGUGUUGAAGCUUCAGCCGCAGGUUUUCAGCCCCGGAGACUACAUCUGUAAAAAGGGCGACAUCGGGAGAGAGAUGUACAUUAUAAAGGAGGGGAAACUUGCCGUUGUCGCGGACGAUGGCGUCACGCAGUUUGUCGUUCUGUCCGAGGGGAGCUACUUCGGAGAGAUCAGCAUCCUCGCCAUCAAAGGAAGUAAAGCUGGAAACCGGAGAACAGCAAACAUCCGCAGUAUUGGGUACUCAGACCUGUUCUGCCUUUCCAAAGUCGACCUCAUGGAGGCGCUCACAGAGUACCCCGAUGCCAAAGCCCUGUUAGAGGAGAAAGGGCGACAGAUUCUAAUGAAAGAUGGACUACUGGACCUAGAGGUGGCGGCGCAGGGCCCGGACCCGAAGGAGAUGGAGGAUAAGGUGGACAAAAUGGGUGAAAUGCUCGACACGCUGCAAACCCGCUACGCCCGACUGUUUGCCCAAUCAGAUGCCACGCACAGCAAACUCAAGUACCGAAUCAACAAACUGGAAAAUAAACUGGCCCCGCCCCCUCCGCCCAGCCCCGUGAGCCAGCAGCCAAUCAGGGACGAGGACGAGGCAAAGUGA